AUGGAUCGCAAGCUGUUCCAAGCAGCAACUGAUGGAAAAAUUGAAGUCUUCAGGGAAAGGGUCAGUGAACUCCAACUAUUAUUGACCCCAGAAAGAAAUACAGUGCUCCAUGUCCAUAUAAUCACUACUUCAAAAACCACUAAUCAAACAACUACCUUUGUGGAAGGGAUCUUGCACUUGUGUCCAGCACUGUUGAUGCAAACUAAUGCAAGAGAAGAGACUCCCUUACUCAUGGCAGCAAGGUACGGCCAUCACCGCAUUGUUGACGUUCUAAUUGAACGUGCAAAAUUAUCCCAACCACAGGACCUUGAAGAGGGCAUCUCUGGUGUCCAAACGAUGAUAAGGAUGAAGAAUGAGGAAGAGGACACUGCGUUGCACGAGGCUACGCGGUUCCGGCGUCUUAAGGUUGUGCAGAUAUUGACAAGAGAAGACCCUCAUUUCUCGUAUUCGGCUAAUAAAGCAGGCGAGACUCCACUCUACAUAGCCGUCCAGUGCGGACACCGAGAUUCGGUUAAUGCAAUACUAAAUAAUUGUUCGUCACCAGCUACCGGUGGCCCUAAUGGCAGAACUGCACUGCAUGCAGCCAUUCUAAUAACUGAAAAUAUAGGAAUAACAAAAACGUUUUUGGACAAAGUAGAUUAUCGGAUAAAACAAGCAUAUGAUGAUGAUUAUAUUCUACAGCUCGUUGUUUGUUUUCUACUGCACGAUGUUUGUAUUCCACUGCACUAUGUUGCUACCUUCUACUCAUCAAAUGUGGUGGAGAUUACAAAAAUGCUUUUGGACAAAGUAGAUGAUCUGACAAACCAAGCAGAUGAUGAUGGUUCUAUUCCACUGCACUAUGUUGCUUUCUUCGGCUCAUCAAAUGUGGUGGAGAUUACAAAAAUGUUGCUAGAAAAUAAUGAAAGUAGUGCAUACAUCAAAAAUAAAAAUGGCAUGACAGCUCUUCACAUUGCAGCUUACAAUCAUCGCUAUGGUGAUAAUAUAAUGAAGGAAAUUCUGACAAGUUGUCCAGAUAGCUACGAAGAAGUUGACAAUGAAGGCAGAAAUGUUCUACACCAUGCUGUGACGACUACAUAUCUCUCCAACAUAAACUUCAUCUUAAAACAUGCAUCAUCAUUAAUUUUAAAUAGAAAAGAUAAGGAUGGAAAUACCCCUUUGCUUCAUAUGGCUGCCACUUCCUCAUGGAAUUCGCGCGUUCUAGGAGCUUUGUUGUCUCAUCCCCAAGUGAAUAGGAUGUCACUCAACAAACAAAACAACAAUAUUCGAGAUGAGUAUAUUCUUCAAUUCCCAAUAUAUGAGGGAAGAAUACUGGAACUCUUCAAUGAAUACUCCAUACAACCUUCUGUGGGAAAAAAUAUCCUAGAAAUCGAACUCAAUCGCGGGAAGAUUACUGAUAUGCAGAAGGAACUCAUUAAAAAAUUUAAAGAAUCUAGUCUAGUUACUUCUACAUUGAUUGCGACAGUGACAUUUGCAGCUGGAUUUACGAUGCCAGGAGGUUACAUAAGCGGCGAGGUUGGACAUCGAGAAGAAUCAGGGAGUGCUGCACUGAGGAACAGCGUAGUAUUCCAGUUCUUCAUCAUAACAAACACAAUGGCCUUGUUGCUCUCUGCUACAUCUGUUUUUAUGAACAUCCUUCUUAAUAUAACAUAUGUAGAAGGAGAACAUGAUGACACCAAGUGGAAGAACUACAAGCUCUGCAUGAAAUUAACAAACUGGGCCCUAGUCUUCAUGAUGAUGGCAUUUGUCGCUGGUACAUCCGCAACGUUGUCAUUUUCUACUAUUUUUGCCAUCUUCGUUGUUUUUAGUGGAUGGUUUCUCUCCCUUUACAUGACAUACUUGCAUGGCAUGUUAAAUAGAGUAUAA